UGAAUCUCGAACCUAGGUGGAUCUUACAGUUAUCAAAAUCUACUUUAUAUUCUACAUCAAUGGCAGUGGCGUCACCAUGGUUAGUCAGAAUAUAAGAACAGCUAAGAGGUCACUCUCAUAACAAGAGUUGACUACCUGUUCCAGCUCCUGUUGGUCUAGUUGCAGAAAAGUCUUAUCCUUCUUACAAACCAAAUUAAACAUAAAGAAAUGCUAGGCAAGGAAUUAAGCAGCAAAUUUUAUAUGUGACCUUAGUUUAUUUUUUCCAAAUUAUUGGCUUGAAGCUUUCAAAGCUUCUGCUGCUCUUUCUACCAUUGCAAUAUACUUUAAUUAAAAAUUCGGUGGUUGUUGAUCACUCUCAAUAAAGGGAACAAACUGAACACAUGAUAGCAGGUGAAUCUGAUACAAAGAACAGGUUCAAGCCUGAAAGGCCAUAGAUAGCAGUGAAUUCGAAGUAUGGAUUUGCAUAAGUUCAUUUACACACUUGUCUUUGUAAUGAUUUUUUCUCAAGCAGGGGCAUUUGACACGUUGGAUCCAACUGGGAAUAUAACAGUCAAAUGGGAUGUUAUGUCAUGGACUCCAGAUGGUUAUGUGGCAGUGGUGACAAUGACCAACUUCCAAAUGUAUCGGCACAUAAUGAGCCCUGGGUGGACUUUGGGGUGGACAUGGGCGAAGAAAGAAAUCAUCUGGUCCAUGAUGGGAGCUCAAGCAACUGAUCAAGGAGACUGUUCCAAGUUCAAAAUAAACAUUCCACACUGUUGUAAGAGGAAUCCUACAGUGGUUGACUUGCUUCCUGGAGUACCUUACAACCAACAGAUUGCCAAUUGCUGCAAAGGUGGUGUAGUCUCAUCUUGGGGACAGGACCCUUCAACUGCUGUUUCUUCCUUUCAAGUGACUGUUGGUCAAUCUGGUACUACCAAUAAAACAGUAAGAUUGCCAAAGAAUUUUACUUUAUUCGGUCCAGGCCGAGGCUACACUUGCAGCAAAGCAACAAUUGUUCCACCCUCAGUUUUUCUGUCAGCUGAUGGUCGCCGAAAAACGCAGGCAAUGAUGACAUGGAACGUGACGUGCACUUUCUCGCAGUUGCUGGCUUCUCCAAGCCCAACCUGCUGCGUUUCAAUGUCAUCUUUUUAUAACUCAACAAUCACUCCUUGUCCAACAUGUGCCUGUGGUUGCCAGAACAAGAACAAUUGUGUGAAGAGUGAUUCAAACAUCCAGAGCGUUGUGAAAGGAAGCACACCGACAAACGAUAACACCCCAUUGCUGCUGUGCACGCAGCACAACUGCCCGGUCAGGGUGCAUUGGCAUGUGAAGCUCAACUACAAAGAUUACUGGCGAGUGAAGAUUUCCAUUACCAAUUUCAACUACCUUGUGAAUUACACGCAGUGGACACUUGUUGUUCAGCAUCCAAAUCUCAAUAAUGUCACUCAAGUUUUCAGCUUUGAUUACAAGCCACUCCUGCCAUACCCAUCAGCAAAUGACUCAGGGAUGUUUUAUGGCAUGAAAUUCUUCAAUGAUAUCCUAAUGGAAGCCGGACCGGAUGGAAAUGUACAGUCAGAGUUGAUUCUUGAGAAGGAUAAGAACACAUUCACAUUUAACCAAGGAUGGGCUUUUCCAAGGAAAGUGUACUUCAAUGGAGAUGAAUGUAUGAUGCCACCUCCUGAUGAAUACCCAUAUCUGCCAAAUUCUGCUCUUGCAAAUUGGAUUUCACUGUCAACUCUCAUGGGUGCCCUUUUGGUUCUGGAGUUGAUGGUCUUUUGGUGAGCAUUGGACUGUAAAGGUAGAUGUAUUGAAGCAGGAAGAUUUAUAGCAUGUGGUUUCUAACUUUGUGUGACAAAAUUGAUAUCUUUCUUCACCAACAGGUAUGUGCCUGAAUAAUUCUGUUUAUAGAAAAAAUUCUGUUUAGAGAAGCAUGAAGGGUUGAAAUUGUUGACAAGUGCAUUUAUGCUCUUUGUGAAAUGCACAAGCUAGUGUAUAGAGAAACCUCAUUAUGUGAAGAUUAAUAAGAGAAGAAAAGGUUUUAGAAAAAUGAAAUGAAAUUCAUACCUAAUUCUUUGACCUUU